CCACUGGUAACCACAAAAUGGCCUUCCCAAUAGCAAAGACUAUCAAAAUAAAUGUUUUUAGAGUUUAGAGUCUAGAUCUAAAUGAAGACAGUUCACUUUGACAUUAAAGCAACUUGAACCCAAACAGCAAAAAAUGACUCGCUCAUCGUUGAUGUUGGCUCUGGUGAUCAUGGCGUCGGUCCUCAUCACAGCCGGGCAGCAGAGCACGGAGGAAGCUGGUAAAGGAUUCAAACCCGGGACUCACAUGGGUAAAAUGUACUACGUAAUAGUACCUCAUGUUCUUCAGACUUUCGAUCCUGUACGACUAAAGCCAAGCCUGGACUUCAUUUUCUUCGGAAAUGGAGAUAGAAUAAAGAUUGUCUUAACGUUAAGUAAGAAUACAUUUAAUACAACAAAACCGACUUACGUCAGACCUCAAGAACGAGUCAUCAUAAUAGACAACAGCGGCUACGCUAGAGUCCCAAUAACAUGCACUUUCAACAAUACGUGCGUGGAGAUGCUGAAAGAUCAGCGCGUUUGGUCAUUUCGAUUCGUCAGUGACCAUCCGUUUGGGAUGUACGUCCACUUCCUGGUGUCUGACCUUUCUGCGGCGACACUGACGCCAGUUCCGGUGGAAUCCUGGGGCAAGAAAUACUUUGUGGUCACUCUAGGGAGUCAACAUUAUAUUGGCAUCCUCGCAGGGGAGGUGGGUGUCAACGUGACCCUGACGUUUAACUUUGAACGAGACUACGAAGGUAUCGUCCAUGACGGGUACACCUAUCGGUUGAACAACGAGCUCAACGUCUUCGUUCAAAAGAGCGAAGGUUACAUUAUAUCAACAUGUGGAAAGUCUGACUAUAUUGGACACAUUUCAGGUACAUCCAUCGAAGGCAAAGAACCAUUCGGCGUUGUGUCUGGCAGUUGCAGCAGUGGCACCAUGGCAACACCGUGCUCUGGACCUGGCAAAGAGAGCGUGGGCAGGAAAGAUAUGGCAGCAGAAAUGUUAAUACCCAGUGAAUCAUUUGGAAGAGAUUUCAUAGUUUUCCAGCUAGAGGUCAGAAGGUCAUUGGGCUACUAUCUAAUCACUGCGUCCAAGCCAGACACUGUCGUUCGAAUUAUACCGGUCAGACACUCCUACUUCUUGGCGCCCUUUACAUUGCAGGAGCGAGAAACAAGACAGUUCACACUUAACUACGCCUACAUCUCAAGCGACAAAGGAAUCCAGGUCUCGGUCAUCCAGCCGUCAGCAUGUCUCGCCGUACGUAGCAACAUCCAAGAGAUGGGAGACCCUUCCAUCUGUAUCAUGGUACCGAUGGGACUCUUUUAUAGUAGCUAUGUCUGGAUGUAUGAGCCUGCCUUAUCCAAUAAUUCUUACGCCGCAAUCAUUGUUCGUUUGGACUACAAGGAUUAUAUUGAGCUAGAUAAGACAGCUUUAUCCACAGCAUACACCUGGGAGAAUUUAACCGCCAAAAACAAUUUGAUAUGGACAGUAGCCCACCUAAAGGUCUUGAACGUUAGAGCUAGGAUACACACUCUGACGUCCUCCAAGUCCACCUUUGGCUGCUACUUUUAUGGUUUCACCAUGGACGCUGGUUUCAUGAAUCCGGGAGGCUUCUUCGUUUCGCCCAUCAAUCAGAUGUGUCAGAGUGAUGUCACUAGGACACAGUUCAGCGACCUCAUUGAUAAUGACUGCGAUGGAUUCGUAGAUGAAGAGAUACUGGAUGGAAAAGACAAUGACGGCGACUGGCUGAUAGAUGAAGAUACGAAUUCUUUUAAAAUUACUAAAGACUAUGGCCCGUGGUCGGAAUGGGUCUGUGGACGGGAUUGCUUUGAAGGGAAAAUGUAUAGAAUCAGAGAGUGUAAAAUGGACAGCCCCAAUGUGAUCUGUAAAGGUGAAUCUACCCAGACAAGAGACGCGGAAUGUUAUACUGAUCACAUGUGUCCCGCAUUGUGUAAGGACAGGGAGUGGGGCUUAGGCUGCAAGUUCAAGUGUAGUAACUGUGAGACAGACUGUGACAAAUUCACUGGGGUCUGUGAGCGCUGCCUGCCAGGCUACCAGGAUAAGAACAAUUCCUGUAACAGACCCUGCAACGUGUAUACAUAUGGUCAAGACUGCAGUCAGGAUUGCAAGUUCAAGUGUGAUGGGGAUGACUGUUUGGAGCGAGUGUUUGGCACAUGUCCAAGUCAAGGUGCCACUCUCGGGCCGACAAUCAAUCCGGCCUUAAGAAGCGAUAAAGGUUUUGGACAAUGGUCAGAAUGGGCUUGCAGCAAAACGUGUACCGAGCCAAAACAAGCUAGAAAAAGAAAUUGCAUCAGCGAAGAGCCGGAGCUAGAAUGUUACGGGAAACGUGAGGAGUGGAAGUCGUUCAAUUGUUACGUCAACGAAUUGUGUCCUGGUGUGUGUCCAAAAGGCGAAUGGGGAGUUGACUGCGUCAAGAAAUGUGGACAUUGUUUAGACGACUGCGACAAGUAUCAAGGCUCCUGUUCUGCUUGUCAGCCUGGCUUCAUGGGCAGAGAAACUGGUUGCAUGAAAGCUUGUGGUGGAGGCACUUACGGUCAAGAUUGUUCUGGAAACUGUAAACAGAAAUGCGGAAGUGAUUGCGUGGACAGAGUCACCGGGGAGUGUGCAAUGUAUGGAGUCUUCGGAGAUUGGCAGGAAUGGAGAUGCUCAAACAACUGCAAUGACAGCCAAUUAGUUCGAGAAAGAUUUUGUUAUAGCCCUUACCCUGACAUGCCCUAUGCCGUCUGCCGAGGAGAUAGCCUGGACAGAAGACCUGGCAACUGUUAUGUGGACAAGAAGUGUCCAAUAAAGUGUCCUCUCAAGAAAUGGGGUCCCGGAUGUAAAAAGGGGUGUGACAAAUGCGUAGGGGAUUGUGACAAAUUUAACGGCACCUGCAAAAAGUGCAAACCGGGAUUCAGGUUCCCGCAAAAAGGCUGCAUUUACCCUUGUGAAAUGGACAGGUAUGGCGAGGACUGCAAGCUAAGCUGUGAAGAGAAGUGUGGUUCGAACUGCAUUGAAACGGUCAAAGGGCAAUGCAAGUCACAAUCUAAUGCCAAGUAUGCCAUAUUUUUAAUACUGAUACCAUCACCAUUGGCUGUCUUCUACCUACUACACCGAAAGAAAGAUUGAGGAACAAGAGAGAACCAUGAACAACCAAGAAAGAAAGAUAAAAAAAAUCAAGAAAGAAUGGUUAAUAAAUAUGUACAUAUGUCUACAGAAGAUUCGUGAGCUUGCACAUAGAAAUAAUACACCUCAAUGAGUAUCAUUAAAUGUAUUCAAUAUUAAACUGUCAAUAUCAGUUAUUUCUUAUUAGUGACGCAGGAGUUGGGACGACAUGAGAAAUCACAACUAUUGAUUCUUUCUGUGUGUCUUUAUAUGUCUUCGCAUGUUUGGGUUGUCUGUGUGUGUGCGAGUUUUGUGAUUUGGUGGGUGGGUGUGUGUUAGGCACAAAGGAAACACAAAAUGUAUGAAAAAAAUAUAUUUAACUCUUUCUCUCCUAACUGACGAUACCAGCGUUGAUUCCACCAGAACGUGGUAAAUAAUUACGGAGAGAAAGAGUUAAACCUAGAGCACAGUGCACUCUUGUGCUGUAGUGAUUAUCUCUAAUAGAAAAGGAUUUUUGUAUCAUUCGGUUUUAUUGGAAAUACCGCUGGCGUAGCUAGGAAAGAGGGGGUCCAAAUUUAAAACGUCCCCUGGCCCCCCUCUUGAGGGUGACCCCCGAAAGAGUGUCUGAAUUUAUGUAUUUUUAACAUAAAAUAUUAAGCCACUGCAUGUUAUCUUGUAAUUCACAUUGUUACAUACGUUAGUGACCCUGUUGCAUGUAUCUCACACAUUAGACGUACAUAUUUAUUAAGUACAUUAACUAACUAAUAGGGGCGCCGUGGCUGAGUGGUUAAGCCCUCGGCUUCUGAAACCUGGGGUCCUGGGUUCGAAUCUCGGGGAUUUUGAAUUUCGGGAUUUUUAGGGCGCCCCUGAGUCCACCCAACUCUAAUGGGUACCUGACUUUAGUUGGGGAAAGUAAAGGUGGUUGGUCGUUGUGCUGGCCACAUAACACCCUGCUUGUUAACCGUUGGCCAUAGAAACAGAUAAACUUAACAUCAUCUGCCCCAUAGAUUGCAAGAUCUGAAAGGUUAAACUCUACUCUCUUUUACUUUUACAUUAACUUAUGUCAUGAUGUCAAGUGCAGGGGCCCCUAAAGAGGCCAAGUAACCCGGCCCCCCAAAUUUCUAGCUACGUCAUUGGGAAAAACAUUUUAUUGCUUUGCUAACGAAAUACAUUAUUAACAUAUGUCUAUUUAUUUAUUUAUUUUAACUAAAAACAAACAUGAAUCAGUUUAAAGCUAAACUAUUUAGUAAAUUAAUUAUUUUUAAUUAAUUCCUUUUUUCGAUAAUGAUUUAGGAAGACAACUGUUAUUUUAUUUAGUUAUAUAGCUAUAAAUGUAUAGUUAAUUCCCUAUAAAACUUUUUAAUUAUUUUAUUUUUUUAAAAACGUAUUUUGUAUAUUUUGAUUGUUUACAAAUGGUUGCUAGUACAGAGUAUGAUUAUACGAAUGAUAAGUUAAAAAGAAAAUAGAGCAAAAACAACAAAAUAUUUUCACAAUCUUGUUUCUUAUGCCUUACUGUUAUUUUCUUGAGAAAUACAGACACUAUCUUACAUCCCAUCUAGUCAUUAAUGUGGACAAACACUUGCAGAAAGGAGAAUCUC